GCACUCACGAAGCAGCAUAGUGGCGUCUGUGUGCAGAGGAAAGGUGCAUCCAGCAUCAGACGGCAUGAGAGCGUUCGUCCUGUUCAUGUGCCUGUCAGUGGGCUGCCUUGCUCAGAGGCCACAGCCAUGCGCAUCCCCACCGCUGCUGACUGGAAGCCUAAGUGUGUCCACCCAAAGUGAGAAGUUGAUGGCUUACGCCAACUACUACUAUGACGCACUGAGGAGGCGCAUCCGCCUCACAGAGUUUGGAUCCUACAACAAUAAGACCUUCCACCUCGAUGUACUUUUACUCUACAGAGAGGGUGUCAUGUACAAGAUGAACUACAAGAACCAAACGUGUUGCAAGAAGCCACUGAGUGCAGACUUCCACCCCCUGGAGAUCCCAUGGAAUGCGUCGCUGCUGGGACAGGUUGUCAUAGGCAGCUCCUCUGGUCCAGGACAGGGAGUCCUCGUCAACACCUGGGAGGGAGAGCUGCAAAUGAAGGAGGGACCUGCAAAGUACAUGAGCACUGUCACAGAGUUUGGAUGCAUCCCUGUGAGCACUCUGUUUCAUACCAUAAGAAGUGGAUGGAUGGUGACCAGCUUCUUCAACAACGUCAUUGGACUAGUGGACCCUCAACAGCUCAUCCCUCCACAUUUCUGUCAGGGUGCCCAGCUGGAAGAAAGGCUUGAUGAGGAUCCAGUGACUUUCUUCAGUUUGUUUUAAAAUAUCAUAUUCUCAGAAAUGUAGUGCACUGCAUUGAUCACUGUAUGUCACUCUUUGCAUUAUCUAUAGUAUUUGGGAGCCGUUGGGUAAAAAUGACUCAAUUUGAAUUUGUUGCAGGUUUGAAACUCUGUUGGGAGUUGUUCAUUGACAUAAGUAUUAUAAGUGUUAAAAUAUUCUGAUCUAGAACAUUACGUUCUCUUGAUAGUAGUAUAGUAGUAAGGUAAAAUAAAUAUUUUAAUGAAUGUUAAUCAAAAUUUUUAUUUUCUAUUUCUUUACGCAAUACUGAUCAUAAUAUGCCAGCUUUACCAAAUCACUGAUAAUUGUUUGCCUCAUUGAAUAUUCUCAGAAUUUACUGGAAAUUUUCCACGUGAUUAUCCCAAUAAAUAUCUUCAUAUUUGUAUAUCAUAUAUAACUAAUACAUGGUUGUAAGAUGUUCAGCUAACUACAAACCAACCGCAGAGAAUUCUCAGAACCAAUCCAUAAAAAUUGUAACAGAGAGAUUUAUUAUAUAUUUGCAAUGGAGUCCCUGACAGAACAAACGUGACAACAUCCUGCUGCAGCACUGAGCCAUGAUGCUGCGAGUGGACUGAGUCACCGAUCUCCUUCUGUCCGGUCUCAGUCAUUAAGAUUACAUUAGUCUUUAAAGCCACUUCACACGGGGUGCUGAAACAACCGUGAAUUAAAGAGAUGCUACUAACAUUUGACCCUCGCUCCAAAUAUGUUAUUUAGGAGGUAAUUCCUCUUGAAUAACAUAUGCAACAUUACAAUAAUUCAAAGAAAUAAGCAGCUCUUUAACAAGGAUACAUUUUAAGUUCACUACAAUAAAAUACAUUAUGUAAUUGGCGGCUCAUGUGACGUCAUUAGAAUCUGUGAUGUGAUCAAGUUGAUCUCACCUGGCAAAAAGAAGCGAUGUGGUGCCUUGACAGAAAGCCCCACUAUUUCUUUCUUUUUUCCUCAUAAUGAUCUGAUUUUCAGAGAAUCAGAUGGUUUCCUCCUUAAUGUAUGACGUUAUGAUCUCAGAGAAUUGUUUUUCAUGUACAUUUUGCCACUUUAAAUCACAGUGAAAACCCACGUUUCUUUCCCUGUUCAAUGAUUAUGAUUUAUGAUUUUAAGCUGGGAAAUUUGUUUGUCGCAAUAUUACCAAUCUUCCCCCCUUUUUACCUACAAUGGCCCGAAUGCGUCGUUGUACAUUCUAUCCAACCAUUGUCUGUGAAAUUAAUUUGUUUAUUUGCGCUGAUAAAUUAUAAUUCAUUGAAUGUCCAUGUUGUUGUUAAUUUAGUAUUAUUUUUUACAAUUAAGCUUGUAUGAAAAAAAGUUUUUAGGAAAUACUAAAUUGCUUUAAGAAUGAAUAACAGCAA